AUGGAUUUGUCUAUUCAAAUUGUUUCAGAUACCACAGCGUUACAGUUUACAGUAUCAAAUAGAGGUUCACUACAAAUAAUUCUGAAUCGAUACAUGUAUCUAACUCAUCACAAGGCGCACGGAGGUCGGAAACGUCGAUGGCGGUGUAUCGAUUAUCGCCGUUUGCACUGUCCUGCAUUUGUCGAUACGGAUGGUGACAGCGUCGUUAAAAGAAAGUAUAUGCAUAGUCAUCCUUUUCACGAUAUAAAAAUAUUGAAAAAGAUUCAGCGUAAUUUGGUGUAUUCAAGUACUGCAAAAGCUUUGAGUAUUUUAAAUGCUACUCAAAAGCACGACGGCAAUACAUGUAAUGAAGAUAAUAUAAUGGAUGAAAGUGAUUAA